GCAUAGUUUAUCCAGCAGACACAGACGUUGGAGUUUCCUCCCUUUUUUUUCUUCUUCGGUGAAGGAAGAAGGUGUGUGUGAGCUGAUGUGGAUCCAGUGAAUCCAGCAGCAUGGAUCAGUGGGAGGAACCACCGGAGGGAGCCCCUCCCUCUAAAAGCAGAGAUGGUAACCAUGACAACCAGAGCAAAGCUCAGAGGAACCAACCUGGAUCUGGAUCUGGAUCCAGCUGGGGAUCCAACAGGAGUGACAUGUCAAAGGAUGCAAAUCCAGACAUCAAAGACAUCCAUUCAGGAGUGGAUCAUGUCCACAGAGAGAAGAAGAGGAGCGGACCCCAGUCUGCAGAAAGACCCAGAGCUGCAGAUGUUGGUCUGCAGGAGAUGUUUGGAGAACAUCAGAUCAGUCUGAGGAGCAGAAGUGAACAUGUGGCUGAAGGAACUGAAGAAGCAGGAAGAGAAACGCUCCUCAACAGGGUCUACACUGAGCUCUACAUCACAGAGGAACUGAGACCAGAGGCUCACACCCAACAUGAGGUGAUGCAGCUGGAGACAACCACCAAGACCAACCAGCUCCAUGACACUGCAAUCAAGAACCCAGACAUCUUCAAAGUCUUCCCUGACCAACACAGAUCCAUCAGAGUGGUUCUGACUAGCGGAGUUGCUGGAGCUGGAAAAAGCUUCUCAGUGCAGAAGUUCACUCUGGACUGGGCCGAGGGCUGGGAGAACCAAGACAUCAGUGCUGUGGUUCCUCUGUCCUUCAGGGAGAUGAACUUGAUCAGAGAUGAGCAGCACAGUCUUCUCACUCUGAUCCAGCUGUUCCAUCCAACACUCCAGAAGAUCCCAGCAGAACAGCUGUCUGUCUGCAAACUUCUGUUCAUCUUUGAUGGUCUGGAUGAAAGCAGACUUUCUCUGGACUUCAACAACUGUCCGCUGGUGUCUGAUGUCACACACAAGUCCUCAGUCAACGUGCUGCUCACUAACCUCAUCCAGGGACGUCUGCUGCCCUCAGCUCUGGUCUGGAUCACUUCCAGACCUGCAGCAGCCAAUCAGAUCCCUCCUUCAUGUGUGGACAGACUGACAGAAGUACGAGGCUUCAAUGAUGCUCAGAAGGAGGAGUACUUCAGGAGGAGGUUCCCAGAUGAAGAGCUGUCCAGCAGAAUCAUCUCCCACAUCAAGGCCUCCAUGUCCCUCUACAUCAUGUGUGAAGUUCCAGUCUUCUGUUGGAUCACUGCUGUGGUUCUGGAGAACCUGCUGACCACAGAGCAGAGAGGAGAGCUGCCCACCACCCUGACUGACAUGUACUCCCACUUCCUGAUGGUCCAGACAAAGAGGAAGAAGAACAAGUACCAGCAGGAACAUCAGACAAGUCCACAAGAGCUGACAGAGACUGACAGGGAAGUUCUUCUGAAGCUGGGGAGGCUGGCAUUUGAACAUCUGGAGAAAGGAAACAUCAUGUUCUACCAAGAAGACCUGCAGCAGUGUGGUUUGGAUGUCACAGAGGCCUCAGUGUACUCUGGAGUUUGUACUGAGAUCUUCAGAAGAGAGUGUGAGAUCUUCCAGAAACCGGUCUACAGCUUUGUUCAUCUGAGCGUUCAGGAGUUUCUGGCUGCAGUCUACAUGUUCCACUGUUACUCCAACAGGAAGGUAAAGGUCAUUGAAGACUUCCUGAAGGACAACAUGGAGAACCCAUCCCUGGAUGAGUUUCUGAGUAGAGUCAUGGAGAAAUCCCUGCAGAGUAAAACUGGACACCUGGACCUGCUGGUUCGCUUCCUUCAUGGUCUCUCUGUGGAGUCCAACCAGAGAAUCUUAGGAGGCCUGCUGGGUCAGACAGAGAAGAAUCCAGAAACCAUCCAGAGAGCCAUCAACAACCUGAAGGAGAUAAACAGUGGAGGAGUCUUUCCUGACAGAAGCAUCAACAUCUAUCACUGUCUGAUGGAGAUGAAGGACCUCUCAGUUCAUCAGGAGAUCCAAGAGUUCCAGAAGUCAUGGAACAAAUCAGAGAAGAAACUCUCAGAGUUCCACUGUUCAGCUCUGGCCUACACUCUGCAGAUGUCAGAGGAGGUUCUGUAUGAGCUGGACCUGAACCAGUACAAGACAUCAGAUGAGGGUAAACGGAGACUGAUCCCAGCUGUGAGGAACUGCAGGAAGUUCAGACUUACAGAACCAUGUGGACUCUCAGAGACUCACUAUGAAAUUGUGGCCUCAGCUCUGAAGUCCAACCCGUCCCGCCUGACAGAACUGGACCUGAGCAACAACAUCCUGGAGGAUUCAUCCAUGAAGGUUCUGUGUUCUGGACUGGAGAGUCCAAACUGCAGACUGCAGACUCUGAGGUUGAAGGACUGCUGUUUGUCAGAGAUCAGCUGUGAAGUUCUGGGCUUAGCUCUAAAGAAAAACCCGUCCAACCUGACAGAAUUGGACCUGAGCGGUAACAACCUGCAGGAUACAGGAGUUCCUCAUCUGUGUGGUUUUCUGGAGAGUCCAGACUGCAGACUGCAUACUCUGAGGUUGGAGAGAUGCAGUUUGUCAGAGAUCAGCUGUGAAGUUCUGGGCUCAGCUCUGAAGAAAAACCCGUCUAAUCUGACAGAACUGGUCCUGAGCGAGAACCAGAACCUGCAGGAUUCAGGAGUUCUUCAUCUGUGUGGUUUUCUGGAGAGUCCAGACUGCAGACUGCAGACUCUGAGGUUGGAGAACUGCAGUUUGUCAGAGAUCAGCUGUGAAGCUCUGGGCUCAGCUCUGAAGAAAAACCCGUCCAAUCUGAAAGAACUGGAUCUGAGCAGGAACCAGUACCUGCAGGAUUCAGGAGUUCUCCAUCUGUGUGGUUUUCUGGAGAGUCCAGACUGCAGACUGCAGACUCUGAGGUUGAAGAGAUGCAGUUUGUCAGAUAUCAGCUGUGAAGUUCUGGUCUCAGCUCUGAAGAAAAACCCAUCUAAUCUGAAAGAACUGGACCUAAGCGGAAACAACUUGCGGGAUUCAGGAGUUCCUCAUCUGUGUGGUUUUCUGGAGAGUCCAGACUGCAGACUGCAGACUCUGAGGUUGUGGUUCUGCAGUUUGUCAGAGAUCAGCCGUGAAGUUCUGAUCUCAGCUCUGAGGAAAAGCCCAUCCUAUCUGAUAAAAUUGGACAUGACCUUCAACAACCCGCAGGAUUCAGGAGUUCCUCAUCUGUGUGGUUUUCUGAAGAGUCCAGACUGCAGUUUGCAGAAUAUGAGAUUGAGGUUGAAGAGCUGCAGAAGGUCAUAUACCUGCUGUAAUGUCUCACGUCAGAAGUCCAACCCGUCCUACGUGAGAGGACUGACCUUUGAUUACGACUUCCUUGAUUCUUCCAAAGUUCAGCAGCUCCAGGAUCUGGUGGAGAGUCCAAACUCCAAACUGCAGACUCUGAGGUUCAACUGGUGGUGAGUCUGAUGUUCCUCUUGGAGGAGCAAAGAGGAAGUGGACCCCGUUUCUGUCCCAGUCUGGGUGGGAGCUGUUGUGAUGCUCCCAUGGCCAGGUUGGCUCCUGGCAUGAGGAGAUUCCUAAAUACUGUUUCCUCGCAGCAGAGCCAAGCCGUACAUCUUUUUUUAGGAGUUACUUAGUCCUUGUACGUGGGGUCAUGGGUCGUAUGUUUUAAUGGAGGGGAGUGGGAAGGGUGAAUGGUGGGUUUUUACUGUAAUAUUGUGUGGUUUCUGUUUUUAAUGUUAAAGCGCUUCGAGCUGCACAAAAUGCAUGAGAAGUGCUAUUUUAUACAUAAAGUUGGAUUUGAUUUGAUGCAGCUGCUGCAACACCACCAACUGCAUUGAAGCAGGAGGGAGAAGGGAGACACCUGCUGGCUGUUUGCAGAACUGCAUCUUGGUGUCAAAAGUCUUCAAACUGAAAACUGUCCGUAAAAUUCCUGCAGCCUGUUUAGAUCUAAUAAAUGCUCUUUUGAAUCAA